ACACCCAUAAAUGCUUUCCUAACACUUUUAAAUUUCAAUCUUACUCCUCUAAUAAGGUAUUGUUCAUCGGUCAGCUCAAUUCGCAAUAAUGAGCUUGGUUAUUUUUUCUCUUAUAAUACGAUUAGCUGUAUAUGUAUUUAGUCAAAAUGAAACACAUUUCAUCUACAAUGGUUUCAAAGGAUCUAUUAGUAAAAUUCAUGUUGAUGAGGUAGAUAUGAUUGUUAAUGUGAAAUUAGCUCCACUCGGUCACCCUGUGCCUAGAAAGCUUCUAUUUUCUAAGCACUUCAACCUUUCCACCUUUCGCCUUGAUUCUAUGUAUGUUGGCUUCUCUUCUUCUACUAGUGUGGUCGCUGAGAGUCAUAACACAUUAGGGUGGAGUUUGAAUCAAAGUGAGAAAGCACAAGAUUUAGAUCCUUCCUUGCUUCCAUCACUUCCACGAAUCAAACAUCGAAAGCUUGGUUUUUUAUAUGAGGAUAGAAAGCUAAACAUAGACCGGCUGAUAUUUGUACUUUUGCUAAGUGUAAUUUGCAUAUUACUGCUAUUGAUUGCUGGUGCAGUUUGGUUUGUAUGGAGGAAAAAGUACGACGAGUCUCUUGAAACAUGGGAAAAAGAAUAUGGCCCACAUAGAUUUCCAUACAAAGAUCUUUAUGUUGCAACAAAAGGUUUUAAAAAUUCUGAGCUUCUUGGAGGUGGUGGUUUUGGGAAGGUUUACAAGGGUGUAUUACCUUCUGUAACUAUAACUCAACAAGUCGCUGUGAAACAAAUCUCCCACAACUCGAAACAAGGGAUGAAAGAAUUUAUCGCGGAGAUCUCCAGCAUGAGAAGGCUAGCGCAUAAAAACUUGGUGCCACUCCUAGGCUAUUCUAGAAGAAAAAGGGAGCUUCUCUUGGUAUAUGAGUAUAUGCCUAACGGGAGCCUAGACAAGUUCCUCUUUGUCAAGGAUGAUAAGUCAAAAUUAUGCUGGUCCUUGAGAUUUAACAUCAUUAAAGGGGUGGCCUCUGCUCUUCUAUACCUUCAUGAGGAGUGGGAACUAGUUGUCCUUCACAGAGAUGUUAAGGCAAGUAAUGUCCUGUUAGAUGCUGAAAUGAACGCAAGGUUGGGUGAUUUUGGCCUUGCCAAACUGUACAAUCAUAGCAUUGGCCCUCAGACAACCCGUCUAGUGGGAACCAUCGGAUAUAUUGCACCAGAGGUUAGUAGAACAAGAAAACCUACCACUAGCUCUGAUGUGUUUUCUUUUGGAAUGUUCUUACUUGAGGUGGGCUGUGGAAGGAAGCCAACAGGCAAGCAAGAUGAUGAUGACGAUGCAAAGGCUCUAUUUCUCAGUGAUUGGGUUUAUGAAUGUUGGAAAAGGGGAGAAAUUCUCAAAGCAAGUGAUCCUAAGAUGAAAGGAGAUUAUCAGGAAAAGGAGAUGGAGCUGGUCUUGAAGUUAGGCCUUCUUUGUUUGUAUCCUAAGGCAGAAGCAAGGCCUAAAAUGAGGCAAGUAGUUGAGUUUCUUAAUGGGAGUGAAACUUUGCCUGAUAUACCAUCUGAAUACAGCCCUGAUAUUAACGAUUUUUAUGGAGAUGACUUGGGAACAUUGCGUUUAUUACCAUCAGGAACUAGCUGUCCCGGUGUCAUGUCUAGCACAAAUUCUGUUCUCCAAUAUGGUCGUUGAUUUAGUGAUUUAGUCAUUGACUCCAGAGUGCUACUUUGUUUGUUUGUUUGUUUUUUUUUUUUUUUUUUUUUUUUAAGUUUGCAUUUUUCAAGGGUGCAAGCCACUCGAAAGCUUGGACUGGCCUAUAAAAUUAUAGUUCUAUGUUCCUGAAAAAUUAGUCAUAUUAAUCUUCUUGUUAGGUUAAUUAUACCA